GGAAAUGCGGGGCUAAGCUCCGCCCAUAGUCGCCUGUUCCUGCAAAGAUGGCGACACAAACAGACCGCGGCGUGCCUCUCAGUACGCUUUCGCCAAAGUUUCUGCACACCAACUCCACCAGCCACACCUGGCCCUUCAGCGCUAUCGCUGAACUCAUAGACAAUGCCUAUGACCCAGAUGUUAGUGCCAAGCAGUUCUGGAUUGAUAAAACGAUGGUUAAAGGAGAGGUGUGUCUCAGCUUCAUGGAUAACGGAAACGGCCUCGACCAUGAAACUAUGCACAAAAUGCUUAGCUUUGGGUACAGCGACAAGAUAGCAGUAAAUGGACUGGAGCCCAUUGGUAUCUAUGGUAACGGCUUCAAGUCUGGAUCCAUGCGUCUUGGCAAAGAUGCGAUUGUCUUCUCUAAGUCAAAGAGCAUGUCAUGCAUUGGGAUGCUUUCUCAAACCUACCUGGAGAAGAUUGGAGCCAAGCAAAUAAUUAUUCCAAUUAUUUCCUUUGAAAAUAAGAAAUCAAACAGCAUCUCUGUAAGAAAAGAACAAGAAGCAAGUCUGAGGGACAUCCUGCAGUAUUCCCUUUUUAAGUCUCAUGAGGAACUUCUCGCUGAGAUCGAUGCCAUCACUUCAGUCUUAUCUUCAGCUAAGACAGGCACCCGGAUCAUCAUCUGGAAUCUCCGCAGGACAUCUUCCGGAUCAACAGAGUUUGAUUUUGACAUGGAUCGAUACGACAUCCGCAUCCCCUCAGAGGUUUACGAAGAAUUAAGCGAUCCAUCUCAGCCUUCGAACAGGAGCACAUCUUAUGUUCCUGAGAGUGUGUUUUCACUGCGGGUGUACUGUAGCAUUCUAUACCUGAAGCCACGCAUGCAGGUCAUGGUGCGGGGACAAAAGGUGAAGUCUCAGCUCAUCGCUAAGAGCCUGGCCUACAUCAGAAAGGACCACUACAGGCCCAAUUUUCUGGACAAACGCAUACCUAUUAUUUUUGGGUACAACACCAAAAGUAAAGACCAGUAUGGUAUUAUGAUGUAUCACAAGAACAGGCUCAUCAAAGCGUAUGAACGUGUGGGCUGCCAGCUUAAGGCCAACAAUAAAGGUGUUGGAGUCAUUGGGGUCAUCGAAUGUAACUUUCUGGAUCCUACCCACAACAAGCAGAGCUUCAACGAGACAGACAAGUACAGAAAAACCAUUAACAGUUUGGGGAUUAAACUGGAGGAGUACUGGAACGAGAUCCGUUUCAGAAAGACCAAAGAAGACCCACACAGCACCGUACCAGUGGAAGAUACCAUGAAGCGACCGGAUCAGAACUGGGUGCAGUGCGAUGCCUGUUUGCGGUGGCGUAAACUCCCAGAUGGGAUCGACGUCAACAAGCUGCCGGAUAAGUGGUACUGCUCGUUAAACCCCGAUCCACAGUUCAGGAGCUGCAAGGUAGAAGAAGAGCCUGAGGAUUCUGAUGAUGAUCAGCCGUCGUACCGGAAGACCUACAAACAACAAGAGAGGGAGAACAAAAGGAAACAAGGACAGAAACUUGAAGAGGAUGACGAAGAGCAGUAUUUGGAUUUGGAUAUCUUGGACAGACAGACCAAAGCUUUUAAACGGCAGCACAAUAGACUUACCCGGCAGCUUCACCAAGUGUCUGCUAAUUACCCGACGAGUAACUUGGUACACAGAGGUGCAGACAGGGCUGAACCCACCCUGCAGAGGUCCUCAAACACUUCACAAGUUGCCAGCAGCGACUCUCCUCUUGUGAUCACCAACGUUUGCUCGCUCUCAGCACCAUCAUCAACCCUGAGGGGGAAAAGGAGCCAGAUUGUCACUCCACAAAGCACGCCAAAACGACCCAGAGUGAACGGUUUCCAGCCAGGCACCUCUGAGACCCCCGUAUCCGUCCACAUCGACAGCAGUGACACCGAUGACACCGAUGAUGACAUUGUCAUCCUGGAAACUGCAAGUACGCCCAAGCCCAAGCAGCCCGUUGGUAUUUUAAGGAAAGUGAAGCAAGAGAAAGAGGAGAGUGAAAAUCAAAUCUCGAUGGUGCUAGAGUGCACCGACGACGCUGCUGUGGACGUGACCUCCACGGCGACGGCCGAAGCAGAAACCUCCUCUGCCGAAACCUGCCCACCUCCAGCAGUGGCCAGCGCCACCACCCAGACCACCGCUUUUGAAGUGAAGGAGGAACAGCAGAGUCAGAAUCAGACUGAAGGGAACGGCGAAACGGCUAGUAGGAACGGGUCAAAUCCAGAUCUGCCCAUUGAAAGAGAAAUUAAGCUGGAGCUCGGUGACGGGGUUGAGAAAACCUUGAGUAACGGAGUGGAACAUAUGGAGAGUGAUGAAGGUGCUGGUCCUUCUUCUUCUGUUCAGCAGUACCCCGAUAUCACUGAAGUUCAGAAACAACAAGAUAAGCUCGUGGAGCUAAUGCAGGAAACGGCCCAGGAGAGGGACGCCUUGAAAGAGCAGCUGAAACUUCUCACCUCUCAGCUGGAGGACAUGCAGAGCCGACUGCAGGAACAGUCUCAGGCCAAGGUAAAGGAGUCCUCACACCAAGCUUGCCAGACUGACACUCAGACGGACUACAAGGGUCUUUUUGAGAGGGCCAAACAGAAAAUCAAUGAUUUAAUAAGGGACAAAGAGGCUUUAUUGGCAGCUAAUGAGGGCAGCAGAAAUCCAAACUGUGGCCAAGAUGAGGAAAAUGACAUUGAGGAGAUUUCGCUUAAAGUCAGCCGUCUGGUCCAUGAACUAGAUGAGAGGAACAAGGAAGGGGAAGAACUGCGCUUGCAGCUGGAUAUUCUGGAGGUGGAGAAGUCGACUUUGGCAGCCCAGUGUGAGGAGCUCAAGUUGAGAAUGGAGCAGCAAAACGAAAAUGCUCAGUCUUCAGCAGGGUCCCCCACGUCUGGCGCAAACUCAGACGCCUUCAGUUGCUUGAUCGAGCUCCGUCAGAACGUCGGCCGCCUCCUCGUCUCCCGGGUGCCGGCGCUGGACCUGGCGCAGGUGAAUUUCGAAUGCAACGUCAUCGAUGAGAUCCUCGAGCAAGUUCUGACAGGCUCAGACUUUGAAUUCCCAGGCUGAAAUGCUGCGCUCGGUUUGGAAAAUCAUCUCCACUGAGGUCUUCCUGCUGACUCUCGGAUCUGGAACAGGUCCAAGCCUGACCAGUUUCCAAAAUGGAUUGUAAACUUUUGGACUUCUGAAGAACAUUUUCAGGGAGUCGGAUGAAUGUCUUGGAUUUAUUUAUUUAAAAACAUUCACAUUUUAUGAUUUUUGGUCUCUUUUUUUUUGUAAGUGCAUCUCAGUUGCAGAGUUGUUUGAAAGAAUCAAUGUGAUGUUUGUUCCGAUGAAUCGUUCCUAAAUUAUGAAAGCCUUCUGUCCGUCCUCAAUGAUGUUUUUUUUUUUUUUCUUGUUUUAUGGUCUGGCUUGUGUAAAAUCUGCACACCCGUUGUUGUUGUUGUUGUUACCAGCUUUAUACAAGUCCUUCUAGAUUCUCCUGCUUAGACUUGCAAAAUCAGGAAUCUUAACUCGUGUGAGGCUCAGGUUGCAGAUGUCAUUGGGAUUUGAGUGUUUUUACUUAAUUUUAGCAUCUUUUAAAUAAUGAGGUUUUUUACAUUUUAAUCUGAUGAUUUCAGUCAUUUAAAGUGUUUUAUCUCAUGUCUAGUUUUUCUUACCCAACUAAAUGUCACACUAAUUUCUUUUUUUUUUUUUUUUUUUUUCCAAGCAUGUAUAUAAUGUUAAAUCUAUUUUUAUACACCCUAUGUUCUGUGUAAGUCAUUUGUACUCUAGUUUUGGACAGAUAUUGUGUAGUUCCAGCAAUAAGACUUGCAGUACAUUUCUGGAUAUUGCAAAUUGAACUUAAGCUUCACAUUUCUAUAGUGGGUUAUGUCCAAACUGCAGCCAAGAGCAAUGGCGGACUGAAACUGAAUGUCGCUUAGUGCAAAUAAAAAGAUAUUAGAAAUAUAA